UUUUUCCGGAUGUGCUCGAGAAGCACGCGAACACCAUAUCGGAUUUGAUCGAAAGAUACAGAACCGAUCCGGAAAUGCAGCUGCGCGAAUUCGAUAAGUACACGAGUUUGAUAACCGACGAGGACUUCAAUAGCGUUCAGAACUUUCUAAGCGCACAACCGCCCAAUCCGUACGAGCAAUAUUGCGAGCUCGUUGAUUAUUACGACCAACUGAGCAAGAAUAUUCCGUUGGAGUUUUAUUGGACGUCAUUCACAGAUCUCUUCGAAGUUCGCAGACAUCGUGUUAUAGAACACAUCGCCGCCGCGGCUGCUCACCUCAAAGGCCUGUUGGUUUCGCGAAUGGUCGCUGAUUAUCAGCAAAAAACUCGAGCUAUAGGAGAAUCUUAUCAACAUAUUUCGAAUCAGGCGUUGAGCACACCGCCCAAUACAGCGGAACUUAUGAAACUGCAGACUUUCAUACGCAAAUCCGAGACGGAAACUGUUUUCGAACUCGAGGAUCAAUUGAGAGAAGUAAUAAAAUACAUAAUAUUUUUGUCGGAUUAUUAUCAUUUGACGCCGGUCGAAUUGAAGAGCAAUAACUUCGCCUUCCACUGGUAUUUCAUAAUGGAAGAAACCUUCAAAAAGCACAGAGAGAUAGUUGCGAGUAAAACGGGCGAAUAUCAGGCGAUGCUGAAAAUUAGAAUUGAAAAGUUCGAGCAGGAUUUGCAGAUUUACGCCAAGUACUGUGACGAAUUGCAAUAUUGGGGCAAUAUUGAUGAGAUAGAGCGAUAUCAAAAGAAAGCUACCAGUCUCAAUAACAAGCUGAUCGCCGCUAUGAAUACAAUCUCUGAAUUCAACGAAGAGGAGAUACUGUUCGGUUGGGAGACAUCAAAGUAUCCUUUAAGAAAACAACUGGCCGAUAAACUGACACCCUACAAAAAGUUCUACGACACAGCUUGCGAAUUUCUAACUAAUCACGAGACCUGGACCGAAAGUAUGGUGGGUUCUCACGAUCCCGAGGAGAUCGAUAACGAAACCGGUAUCGCGUUUCGCACGAUAUACAAACUGGAGAAGAUCUUCACAGAACCCGCGGUGAAAAAAUUAGUAGAUGUUGUGAAAACAAAGAUCGAGGAUUUCAAAGAGCACAUGCCGGUGAUAAUGACACUCGGAAACCCUUGCAUGAAAAGUCGACAUUGGGAACAGGUCUCGGAGAUUGUCGGGUUUCCGAUAAAGGUCGACGAACACAUGACGUUGGCCAAGAUUCUCGAUUACGGUCUGGGCGAUUACGUGCCGAAAUUCGAGCCGAUAUCCGAGGCGGCUACCAAAGAAGGCAGUUUGGAAAGAGCUUUGUUGAGAAUGCAUUCCGAAUGGGCGGACAUCUUGUUCACCGUCAAUCUGUUUCGUGAGACCGGCACGUACGUUAUCGCCAGCGUGGAUGACAUACAAGUGAUGCUCGAUGAUCAUCUGACUAAAACCAUGACUAUGAAGAACUCCAUUUACAUAAAACCGUUUGAGAAAGAAACUCUAGAAUGGGAAGCCAAGUUGCGUCUGUUGCAAGAUAUCAUGGAUUACUGGCUGUUGGUUCAAGGCACGUGGAUCUAUCUUGAGCCGAUUUUUACGUCACCUGACAUACAGCAGCAGAUGCCGGAGGAAAGUCGGCGAUUUACCGCCGUGGACAAAAUUUGGAGGGAACUGAUGACGAUCGUCGCGGCUAAUCCGUUGGUCAUGAAAGUCGUCGUGAUCGAAAAGAUGCUGGAUCGUUUAAAAAAAUGUACCCACUUGCUCGACCUGGUGCAGAAGGGACUGGCCGAGUACUUGGAGAAGAAGAGGCUCUUCUUCCCGCGAUUUUUCUUCCUCUCGAACGACGAACUUCUGGAAAUACUUUCUGAAACGAAGGACCCUACGCGGGUGCAGCCGCAUCUGAAGAAGUGUUUCGAAGGUAUCGCGAGACUGAUCUUCACCGACAUCAUGGAAGCUACGGCUAUGCUGUCGUCUGAAGAGGAGAAGAUUAUUCUUGAAGACGUAAUCGAUACGACCGUCGCGCGAGGGCAAGUGGAGAAGUGGCUACUCGAGCUCGAGAAGGAUAUGAAGAAAAGCGUGAGGGCUCAGGUCAUGUAUGCCAAAGACGCUUACUUGACUAAGGCCAGAAGUCAAUGGGCCUUGGAAUGGCCAGGUCAAACGGUUCUAUGUAUCAGCAAACUUUACUGGACUGCGGCCGUUACCGAAAGAGUGCCGAUGGGCUUGGAGUAUAUGAGAAACUACGUGAACACGUGCACGCAAGAGCUCAAUGAAAUUGUCAAGCUCGUUCGUGGUAAACUCUCGACGCAGAACCGAACGACUCUAGAAGCCUUAGUGACACUGGACGUUCACAGUCGCGACGUGUUGGCGGAAUUAUGCGAGCAAAAUGUGAGCCGAACUUCGGACUUCAAGUGGCUCUGUCACUUGCGAUACUACUGGAUAGACGAGAAUUUGUACACGAUAAUGAUAAACUGCACGCUGGCUUAUGCGUACGAAUAUCUGGGCAAUACCUCGCGAUUAGUGAUAACGCCGCUCACUGAUCGAUGCUACCGCACUUUGUUCAGCGCGCUUAGUCUACAUCUCGGCGGUGCGCCGGAAGGACCCGCCGGAACGGGGAAAACCGAGACCGUGAAGGAUAUGGCGAAGGCGGUCGCCAAGCAGUGCAUCGUAUUCAAUUGCUCGGAAGGAUUGGAUUACAUAGCUCUAGGCAAAUUUUUUAAAGGAUUAGCCAGUACAGGAGCUUGGUCGUGUUUCGACGAGUUUAAUCGCAUCGAUUUGGAAGUUUUGUCGGUCGUGGCGCAACAAAUUCUGACCAUUCAACGAGCCAUAAACGCGAACAUGGAAAUCUUGGUGUUCGAGGGUACGGAACUGAAGUUGGAUUCCACCUGCGCGGUGUUCACCACGAUGAAUCCGGGAUACGCCGGAAGAACGGAAUUACCUGACAAUCUCAAGGCUCUGUUCCGACCGGUAGCUAUGAUGGUGCCCGAUUACGCUUUGAUAGCGGAGAACAUAUUAUAUUCGUACGGAUUUUACAACGCGAGACCUUUGUCCGUGAAGAUAGUCAUGUGUUACAAGUUGUGUUCGGAGCAACUGUCCAGUCAGAAUCAUUACGAUUACGGCAUGCGAGCGGUAAAGUCCGUUCUGAUAGCGGCAGGUAAUUUGAAAUUGAAGUAUCCCGAAGAGGAUGAGGACAUUUUGCUCCUGCGCAGCAUCAAGGACGUGAAUCUGCCCAAGUUUCUAUACGAGGACAUACCUCUUUUUCAAGGUAUCGCUUUGGAUCUCUUUCCGAAUGUGGUGCUGCCCGAGCCGAAUUACGUGCACUUGAACGCGACCGCGUUCGAAGCGUGCGCCGCCGCGAACAUACAAUGCGUUCCCGCGUUUCUGAAGAAGAUCCAGGAGAUAUACGAGAUGAUGCUGGUCAGACACGGUUUCAUGAUCGUCGGAUAUCCUUUCGCCGGCAAAACUACGGCUUACCGAAUGUUGGCCAACGCGCUCGAAAUCUGCGAGGAAAAGAAUCUGAUAAACGAGCGCAAGGUGGAGAUAGCGGUGAUCAAUCCGAAGGCGAUAACGCUGAGACAGUUGUACGGACACUUCGAUCCGGCGUCACACGAGUGGCGCGAUGGUAUCUUGGCCAUCUGCUAUCGGGCUUUCGCGACUUCGCCGAACGACAACCGGAAGUGGUUGGUCUUCGACGGUCCGGUAGACGCGGUGUGGAUAGAGAGCAUGAACACCGUUCUCGACGACAACAAGAAGUUGUGUCUAACGAGCGGCGAGAUCAUCAAGCUGGCGCCAACAACCAAUCUGAUAUACGAACCGUUGGAUCUGGAAGUCGCCUCGCCGGCCACGGUGUCUCGUUGCGGGAUGAUUUAUAUGGAGCCCGGAGCGUUAGGGUGGGAGCCGUUAUUAAAAUCCUGGAUAGCAAAAUUGCCGGAAGUGAUAGACGAGUGGCUGCGAAGUUUUCUGUACGAAUCGCUGUUUCUCAGAUUUUGCAAGCCCCUCAUUCAUUUCUUACGUAGAUGUAACGUAAAGGAAAUAUGCCCGAUGCCCGAUGCCAAUCUUGUGCGAUCGAUCACUUAUCUUAUGGACUGUUUCAUCAACUACAGCGACGAGGAAAUCAAAAAUAUAAGCGAGCUCGAUAUCCGUGCGCAGUUAGAGGGUUCCUUCUUCUUUUCAUGCAUCUGGGCGAUGGGAGGCACUUUAGAAGCCACAUACAGACCACAAUUUAGCAUACUAUUUCGCGGUCUUCUGGCGAGAGAAUUUCCGACCGAUCUGAUGGACGUAUUCCAACUGGAAGAGCCGGUUCCACAGCCUUUGAAACCCUAUAUCUUCAUUAUGCCGAAAGAUCGUUUGGUGUUUGAUUACAGAUUUAUCAGAGAAGGUAAAGGAAAGUGGAAGUUAUGGACGGACGAGCUACUGACCAUGCCUCCGAUUCCACGUGACAUCCCUGUCAAUCAAAUAAUCGUUCCGACCGUGGAGACUGUACGUUACACGGCUCUAUUCCAAUUGCUGGUCCAACACGAGAAACCGGUGCUCGUCUCGGGCCCGACCGGGACCGGAAAGUCGGUGUACAUAAUCGACUUUCUUCUGAAGAAGAACAAACCCGAGGUGAACCUGCCGUUGUUCAUUAAUUUCUCCGCGCAAACCACCGCCAAUCAGACGCAGGAUAUCAUCAUGGCCAAGCUGGAUCGCAGGCGCAAGGGCGUUUACGGUCCUCCGAUAGGUAAACGUUGGAUAAUCUUCGUGGACGAUGUCUCGAUGCCGCUGAAAGAGGUGUUCGGGGCGCAACCCCCCAUAGAACUGCUACGGCAAUGGUUGGAUCACUGGCAGUGGUACGACAGAAAGGAAAGUAUGAUAAAGCUUAUUGAGAUUCAACUAAUGUGCGCGAUGGCUCCGCCGUCCGUUAGCAAGGACGUCACGCCGCGAUUCAAACGACAUUUCUUCGUUCUGACGAUAUCCGAAUUCGAGGACAACGUUAUGAUCACGAUAUUCAGCAAAAUCGUUCUGUGGCAUCUCGACACCAGAGGUUUCAGCAAAGAGUUCGAUCCGUGUAUCGAUCAAAUUGUUCUCGCAACGUUGGACAUUUACAAGCAGAGCAUGCGCAACCUGCUUCCGACGCCCGCGAAGUGCCAUUACAUGUUUAAUCUUCGAGAUUUCUCCAGAGUGAUUCAGGGAGUGCUCUUAUCGGUUCCGGAAGCCAUGCCUUCGCUCUCGCACAUGAACAGAUUGUGGGUUCACGAGAUAUUGCGUGUGUUCGGCGAUCGUUUGUUCGACGACGUCGACAUCAAAUGGCUGGUACAUCAGAUACACGCAACGUUGAAACAACGCAUGGAAAUUGCGAUAGACCAACUCUUCGAAGAUUACAUUUCUGACAAAUAUCUCAAAUAUAUCUCUAUGGACGUGUUGCGUAAGUUGAUCUACUGCGACUUCGGCGACGCCAAAAGUGACGCUCGUCUGUAUCAAGAAGUUCUCGACUUGGAGCAAUUGCGAGAGAUCGUGGAAACGUAUCUUUCUGAAUACAACACUAUGUCCAGAAAACCCAUGAACCUGGUGUUGUUCCGAUUCGCGAUCGAGCAUCUGUCGAGAAUAGCUCGUAUCAUUAAACAAUCGCGAAGUCACGCGCUCCUCGUCGGAGUCGGUGGUUCCGGAAAACAGUCUCUGACCAGACUGGCGUCGCACAUCUACGACUACGACGUACAUCAGGUCGAACUCACGCAACUAUAUGGCCAACACGAAUGGCACGAGGACAUCAAAACCAUUCUAAGAAAAGCCACCGCCACCGAUUUGCACUCGACGUUCCUCUUCAGCGACACGCAGAUCAAAGAGGAGAGUUUUCUCGAAGACAUCAACAACAUGCUUAAUUCAGGCGAAGUCCCGAACAUAUUUAACGCCGACGAGAAAGCUGAAAUAUGCGAAAAAAUGAAAAUUAUCGAUCGGCAACGGGAACGAGCGAUGCAAACAGACGGUAGUCCGGCUGCGCUCUUCAAUCUGUUCGUUCAACUAUGUCGCGAUCAAUUGCACAUCGUUGUCACUAUGUCCCCCAUCGGUGACGCUUUCAGAAAUCGUGUUAGAAAAUUUCCAUCUUUGGUCAACUGUUGCACCAUUGAUUGGCUUCAGUCGUGGCCUAAAGAUGCCUUGUACGCUGUAGCGACAAAAUUCCUAUCUACAAUCGAACUUACUGAUCGCGAGAGAAAAGCUGGUAUUGACAUGUGCCAAUUUUUUCACAUGUCCACUCAAAACUUGAGCGACGAAUUUUUUGUUCGCUUGAACAGACGCAAUUACGUGACGCCUACUUCUUAUCUCGAAAUGAUUAACACCUUUCAGAGUUUACUCGAGAAGAAACGUAGUGAGGUGCUGCUCGCUAAAGCUCGAUACGAAGGCGGAUUGGGACAGUUGGAUCGCACGCAGCAACAAGCGACAGAGAUGCAAGAUAUACUGAAGCAGUUGCAACCAAAAUUGGUCAUGGCCACGCAAGACAUCCAGAAAAUGCUGUUGGAUAUUGAAAAAGAGAGUCAGGAAGUUGCAGAAUUUGAGAAAAGAGUCAAACUCGACGAGGCUGCGGCAGAAAAAGUAGCUAACGAAGCGGCUGCGAUACGAGCUGAGUGCGAUGCCGAUUUGGCUGCAGCUAUGCCCAUUUUAAUAAGAGCUCAAGAAGCGUUAGACACAUUAACACUGGCAGACAUUGCAGUGGUCAAAGCAAUGAAACACCCGCCGUACGGCGUGAAACUCAUUGUGGAGAGCGUUUGCGUUCUUAGGGAAAUAAAACCUGAGAAGGUGCAGAAAAACGGUGCAGUUGUCGAGGAUUAUUGGAAAGCCGCAUUGAAGAUGCUCAGUGACGUGAAAUUUUUAGACUCGCUACUAAACUUUGAUAAGGAUAAUAUCCCGGACGAAGUAAUGGAAGUAUUACGAACGCAGUAUUUUACCAAACCGGACUUCGAUCCGGAGAAAAUGAAAAGAGUCUCAACGGCCUGCGAGGGAUUGUGUCGUUGGGUUCUCGCAAUGUCCGACUAUCACGACGUCAUCAAGAUCGUUAAGCCUAAACAAAUAGCUCUUGCGAUAGCUGAAGAAGCUUACAGAAAUGCUUUGGCCAAGUUGAACGAAUUAAGAGAACAGUUGCGUCUAGUGCAGGAAAAGUUGAGACUUCUUCAAGAGACCCUAAACAAAAGAAAGGCAGAAUUCCAGGCAAUAUCAGAUCAAAUGACGGAGUGCGAAACAAAACUGAAACGGGCUGAGGAUCUUAUUGGGGGAUUAGGUGGAGAAUACGCGCGUUGGUUUCAAACUGCCGAAGAUUUAGGAGACGUAUAUAACCGGCUAACAGGCGACGUAAUAAUCGCUUCCGGUGUGGUGGCUUAUUUAGGACCGUUCACUAUGCCGUUUCGCUUACAGCAGAUAAGCGAGUGGGUACAAUUGUGCAAAAAUCUGCACGUUAUUUGCACCGACGACUUUCAACUGCGCGACGUGCUCGGCGAUCCGGUGCUGAUCAGAUCCUGGAACAUCGCCGGAUUGCCUGCCGACGCGUUUUCAGUCGACAACGGCAUCAUUGUUGUAAACGCCAGAAGAUGGCCGCUGAUGAUAGACCCGCAGAGCCAGGCCAACAAGUGGGUCCGAAACAUGGAGAAGCAGAAUUCUUUAAGUAUCGUUCGGCUGACUCAGGCUAUUUACAUCAGAAUCUUGGAGAACGCGAUACAAUUCGGACUACCGGUGUUGAUCGAGAACGUAGAAGAGGAAUUGGAUCCUGUUCUCGAGUCGAUACUGCUGAAACAAACGUUCAAGCAAGCCGGUGCACUCUGCAUAAAACUAGGUGAUGCCAUAAUCGAAUAUAAUACGAAUUUCAGGCUUUACAUCACGACAAAACUGAGGAAUCCCCAUUAUCUGCCGGAAAUAGCUGUGAGAGUGACUCUGCUGAACUUCAUGAUAACACCGAGUGGCUUGGAGGAUCAGUUGCUCGGUAUCGUAGUCGCGAAAGACCGACCGGAUCUGGAAACGGAGAAGAAUUCAUUGAUUGUGCAAAGUGCCGCGAACAAAAAACUGUUAAAAGAAACGGAGGAUAAGAUUUUGGAAGUGCUUUCCGCGGCGGACAUCGCUGACAUUUUGGAAGAUGAGGAAGCCAUCGACAUUCUAACGUCGUCUAAGAAUCUAAGCGACGACAUACAAAUGAAACAAGCGGCCACGGAAAUCACGGAGAAGUCGAUCGACGAGGCGAGACUGCAGUACAAACCUAUUGCGUCUUAUUCGACCGUACUUUUCUUCACAAUAGCGUCCUUAGCCAAUAUAGACCCGAUGUACCAAUAUUCGUUAAUUUGGUUUGUAAAUCUAUUCGUUAUGGCUAUCACCAACACGGAACCGACUGACAUUGUCGAGCAACGUUUGAAGGAUCUGACCAGAUACUUCACGUACUCCCUCUAUGUCAAUAUCUGCAGAUCGCUGUUCGAAAAGGACAAACUGUUGUUCACGCUACUUCUUGUUGUCAAUCUGCAAGGAAUAAGCGAGAAGCCGGACGUCGCCGCUCAGUGGUUGUUCCUGCUGACCACUGGAGUAGGUUUAGAGAAUCCGUACGCCAAUCCCACCGAUUGGCUGCCCACCAAACAAUGGGACAUAUUAUGCAGACUUGAUCACAUCAAAGGAUUCGAAGGUAUCAGAGAAUUGUUUACCGAUUCUAUCGGCGAAUGGAAGAAGAUAUUCGAUUCGAAGGAACCGCAGAAAGAGCGUUUUCCAGCGCCUUACGGCGAUUUGAAUUUGUUCGAACAACUGUUGAUUCUGCGAUGUAUUCGGCCCGAUAAAAUUAUUCCUGCCGUGCAAAAGUUUGUGGAAGAACAACUGGGAGCACAAUAUAUUGAACCACCGCCUUUCGACUUGGCGUCUUCCUACGCGGAUUCCAAUUGUUGCAUUCCGUUGAUAUUCGUCCUGACUCCCGGCGCUGAUCCGACUCAGGCUAUGCUGGCAUUCGCCGAUGAACAGGGCUACAGCGCCACGCGUCUCUUUUUUCUGUCCCUCGGCCAAGGUCAGGGUCGAAUCGCAGAAGAGAUGAUAACGCAUGGUGUACUGGACGGAAAUUGGGUGGUGCUGCAGAACUGCCAUCUAGCCAGAAGCUGGAUGCCGACACUGGAGAAUAUUUGUGAGGGUCUGAUGCCCGAUACGAUACAUCCCGAUUUCCGACUUUGGCUGACCAGUUAUCCGGCGGAGCACUUUCCCAUCUCGGUGCUCCAGAACGGUAUCAAAAUGACAAACGAGCCGCCCAAGGGACUCCGAGCCAACAUCCUCAAAUCUUACAUGAGCGAUCCGAUCAGCAAUCCGGAGUUCUUCGAAGGAUGCGUUCAGAGCGAGCACUUCAAAAAGCUCUUGUACUCGUUGUGCUUCUUUCAUGCUGUUGUGCAGGAGAGACGCAAGUUUGGCCCGAUCGGCUGGAACAUUCCCUACGAGUACAACGAGACUGAUUUGAGGAUCAGUAUCCUGCAGCUGAAGAUGUUUCUCGAUGAGCACGACGACGUACAGUUUGAAGCUCUGAACUACCUCACGGGCGAGUGUAAUUACGGAGGAAGAGUCACGGACGCGUGGGAUCGUAGAACAUUGAACACUAUUCUGGCAAAGUUCUAUUGCCAUUCAGAGAAAUUCUGACCGCCGAGACGUACUACUUCGACGAAACGUCGUCCAUUUAUUAUUGCCCGAUCGUCGGAGACUACGAGAUGCAUCUUGAAUA